AUGUCGGACGUCGAUGUCAUCGACCAUUUCCCCAGCAUAGCUCACCAAGAGACUACACAUCCCGACCACCAAGCCACUGUGUCUGACUUCUCCGAUUACACCGAAUACUUUCCUGCUGACCUCCGACGCUCUCUGACCCUCAUCGCACAGCUCGACGAGACCUACCGCAAGCGAACCAGCGAAAUUCACAGGCUUACAUCUGAAUGGCAAAGACAACCAGAUCUUCCUGUCGAUCAGCGCGCAGAUCCUGUGAAGCUGAGGAGGGACAUCUCUGAAGCUCUAGACAGUGCGCUGAUCUGCAGAGAGGCGUCUGCUGCUGAAGCAAACCGGAUCUUUAAUGUCACUGAACGCCAUGCCCAUCGCAUUACCACCAUCAGGAAGAAGCUCGAAGCCCUACCUAAGCCUCCGUCGCGCGAUCCUACGCCUGUUCCUGUAUCGCCACCAGUGGCACGCACAAGACGUCCUGAGACGGAGCGUAUACCACGACCGACACUACAUUCGGAUGACGAAAGAGAUGGAGAUACUCGGCCCAAGCAUCGUGCUGGGACACAUCGGCGCCUUACUAUCCCGGGUGGCUCCAUAGCCGCCGGAGAGACCUUUGGAGGAUACAGCUCGAACUCCGAUAUGGGAAGCCCGGCCGUCCCCAAGUCACAGAAGAUCAAGAUACCAAAAGUGCCUCGUAUCAGGACUCCAGGCAUGGGCACAGAAGUCCAUAGUAGAGUGGCAGGCAUUUCGACUAGUAAUGCCCUUGCUCGACUCACUCCUCCUCCGCCAGAUGCACUCCCCGGCAGCCGACAUGCGCCCUGGAUGAGAUUGACAGAGUACGAGAUGGCCAGGCUUCGCAAGCAGAUGAAGAAAAAUGCCGUGUGGACACCUAGUGCGACUAUGGUUGAGCGGGAGCUAUAUACCCGUGGCCGUGGUUUGGCUGCCAUGGAAAAAGCUAGACGUGAGGCGCAAGAAACUGGAACACCCUUCAUUGACGAUGACAAUGAUCCUCAGCCCCAGCCCCAAUCCCAGUCCCAGUCGCAGUCGCAGUCGCAGUCGCAGUCGCAGUCGCAGUCGCAGUCGCAGUCGCAGUCGCAGUCGCAGUCGCAGUCGCAGUCGCAGUCCCAGUCCCAGUCCCAGCCCCAGCCCCAGCCCCAGCCUCUACCUCCACCAUCACCACCAGCUGUACCUAUCGCCGCGGAAGCAGAGCCGACGCCUACUUUACCUAUCGCAGCAGACAUUCUGUCCCCACCCAUUAUUCAAGAUGAUGCGGAUGCCCAACCUGAACCAGUCCUUGCUGACGCGCCAGUACCCAUGGAAAUUACUAUAGAUACCCCCGACGGUGCAAGUGGUUUGGCUUCCGCUACAACUGCCCCUGCACAUGCUGCCUUGAUGGCCGGAUACGUGUCGGCUCUUAAUGAAAGCGCUGCUCUACCCAUGACACCACCUCCGAUAACCCCUUCUGGUACACCCAAUUCGAAGACCACCGAGGGAAAUGAUACGACUCGAAAAGCCGUCAAACCGACACAAAAGCGCAAGAAAGAAGCUCCCAGGGAGCAACUUCCUCUUAUCAGGAGAGCGGGUGGGCUGGAGGGAGCAAACACUCUGAUCACUAAUAUUGGAAAUACGAUGAAGGAUCUUUUCGGUCCUGCAACCCCAAUUGCAGCUCCUAAUAGCACCAGAAAGGACGUAGGUAAGACUCCAAAGACUGUAAAGAAGAGGAAACGGGAGGCAUCCCCGGAACAUAGUAAGGACGCUGGAGAAACCCCUGACGGCGCUUCUCAAGACUCUACAGUUGUUGCUGAGAACAACGCCAAGAAACUGAAGCUUAUUCUGCCACAGCCGGCUAGAUCUCAAGAAACGCCAGUUCCCUUACCAGCGUCAGCUUCCCAGGCAUCCGCUUCACCAAUUCCUCUUCCGACCUCUGCGAGAAGCGCAGUAGCAACAAUGGUCCCCCUUGCUCCAGCCGGCCCUUCUACUCCUGUCCCAGCACUCAGCCCCCAGAAACUCACUCCUCCACUACCUUCACCGAAUGAGCAUAUGCAGACGCCCGUGUCGCCACCGACUGCGCCGGUUGAGCCUGUAGGCACCGUUGAUACUACUAAUGUUGAGACUGCUGUGCCAGCAACCGCAUCGGAAAGCCUGGUCCCCAUUACUCGCCCUGUGGAACCUGUUAACCCCACGACUUCAACCACUACCGUUGUAUCACGCUCCCGCAGGUCCUCUGUUACAGCCAAGGAGAGAGCCGCAUCUACGGAACCGCAACUGGCUGCGCCAUGCUCCCGUCGUGUGUCUGUUGCCCCCAAAGAUCAAGUUGCAACUCCAGAGGCAGCAGCGGUACCUCCUCAAACGCAAUAUAGGAUGUCAACCCGGCCUUCGUCUCGUAGCGGUGCAGCUGCCAAAGCGGCUAGCGUAGAACCCCAGGUCAAACAGGAAGCCAGUAAAGGUCACAACCUUCGUCGAGCAAGCAAUGUCAGCCUCCCGACAGCUCACGAGGCUGCCAUCGCCAUCAACACCGCACCUGUGCGCACUCGUCGCAGGCGUGCUCCUGGACCGGUUGCCAUAGAUGAGAACGGCAAGGGUAUGACGACUAUCGCGCCGCGCAAAAAAGGAAAAGGGCACGCACGCCGCAAGAGCGAAGAAGGCGCCGCCGAGGACGACAUUGAUGACAACGAAGAACGGUACUGUCUCUGUAACGAUGUCUCGCACGGGCAGAUGAUAGCUUGCUCUAACGAGGAAAGUUGCGAGAAGCAAUGGUUUCACUUCGAGUGUGUGGGAUUCACCCAAACGAAUAUGCCCGGAAGACGACAGAAGUGGUACUGUGAGGAUUGCCGGAAGAAAUUGAAGGUCGAUGUCAAAGGUGAAUCGGACCCUCUGGCUGGGAAAAGGGGCAGGUAG